AUGACAGGGACAUUUUCAUCCGUCCCGAUCGUGGACUUCGCUCGUCUGAGCGAUCCCGUGACGAAAGAUGAGGAGCUGGCGAAGUUGCGUGAAGCAAUCUUCCUUGUGGGAUUCCUAUACUUGACCAACACGGGAUUGGAGACCUUGAUUCAUCACACACAUGAGGCUCUUCCUGAACUGUUUGCCUUGUCGGCAGAGGCCAAAGAAGCCUGUAACAUGAUUAACUCGCCCUCAUUCCUCGGCUAUACUCGCCUCGGUGCCGAGACCACUGCGGCACAAACAGACCUCCGCGAGCAAUUUGACUUCGGUACGCCCGGGGCGAAAGAAUGGACGGAGCAGGAUCCUUUCUGGCGGAGGCUCGAAGGCCCUAAUCAAUACCCUGACUAUCCAGGGGCUCAACAGCUGGUCGAGGAAUAUAUCACAACGACCGAUGCCCUGGCGCAAACAUUCGUGCGCCUUGUGGCAGAAAGCUUGUCCCUUCCAGCAAACACUUUCGAUGGCUUCAGGGGUAACAUGAGCCGCCUCAAGUUCGUCAAGUACCCACCCGCCGCGCAGAACUCCCAGGGCGUUGGUCCUCACAAAGACUCGGCUGGACUUUUUACCUUUUUAUCUCAGGAUAACACAGGAGGCCUUCAGGUCCUCAACAAGAACGGACAAUGGAUCGAUGUGCCUCCCAUUGAGGGAAGUCUCGUCGUCAACAUCCAACAGGGCUUCGAAGCGAUCACAGGAGGGAUUUGUGCAGCCACAACGCACCGUGUCAUUGCACCAACAUCCAAAACGCGAUAUAGCAUUCCAUUUUUCCAAGCUGCUAGACUGGACCUGACUUUAGAUCAGCUCAAAGAAUCGGCUGCCCACAUCGUGCAACGGGUUCCCACAUCUGACGACCAGAAAAAGCGCGCAGUUGAUGUGCCGAGUGAAUUCCUUUCACCCUUGUAUUCCUGCUUUGGCGAAGCUCACUUGAGAAAUCGCAUUAUCAGCCAUCCGGACGUGGGCCGACGAUGGUAUCCCGAGCUUUAUGCAAAGUAUUCUCAACAGAUCUUGAAAUAG